UGGGGAACGGUUUAGUUCGUUUUAUACGCGUUUAAGCAGACGGUAACGUGCGUGUGCGGCUCGUUGGCUGGUGAUUUCAUUUGUGUAUAUUUAUAGUCGAAAGAUAGAAUAUCUAUGUGAAUGCAGCCCUAUAGUAUAACAUAUACAGUUAGACGUAUAUACAUAUAUACGAAAAGAUAUACAAAAAUGAAUGUCAAAGAAUUAAGCAAAUUUAAUUCUCGUAGACGAACAACAAAGGAAUCAAUUAGCCUAAAUUAGAGCGAGAAAACAAUUUACAAAUAGCGAGCGGAAAUUGAAGUUACUAGUGCAAGAAGAUUUCCAAAGCGGGGAAAAGAAAAGAAAAAAUAAUAGUAAAUUCAAGAAAAGUGUGUGUUUUUGUGUUGAGGCAGUGAAAGCAACUUAAGCAAACCGAGAAAAAGCGCAGAAUCAAAUCUUUUGCGAGGUGUUGGCUUUGUGGCGACUGCUUAAGCCGUCUUGUUAUUGUUGUUACUGUGCAUAAUUGUGGAAAAUAAUUAAGAAAUAGCUGCGGCUCAAAGCAAAAUGAAAAUAAAAUGUUUGUGAAAAAUUUUUAGCUAAUAAAGAUUAUGACAGCAGUUUUUACAGCUGCAAAAUUAAAUAAAGAGAUAAAAUUAAAGUGAAAUUGUUUAAAAAAAUCGUGAAAAAAUCACACGAGUUCGUUUUUAGUGCCGGGUUUAAAAGUGAGCGUGUUUUAAGCAACAGUAAGUAACAAAAAAAAGAGCAGCGCCUACGCCAACUUGUGGUAAUUACACCAAAAAAUAAAAAAAAACCCAAAGUUUGAUGAUAAAAUAAAAAAUAUAAUUGAAAUUAAAAAAUAUAUUAAGUUAUUUUUUUAAGUGUUGACCGCAGACCUGCUCGUGGCAGUAACUCAAACCAAUUUAAAUGAACUCAAACAAAAAUUAGAUUUUAAAUAAAUUUUGCACACAAGUGAAUGUGUAAUAUUGUGAAAUUCAAAAGAGUUAAACUCACUCUAAAGCGAAGUUAUUGCAUAAAUAUAUCAAAAUUUCCAAAACCAUAACUAAAUUCCGUUCAAAACAACACCUAAAUAUUGCCGAAAUGCCUCAACUGCCCAGCGAAGCCCUCUGCGCCAGCGCGCCCGCGGUGACAACUCCACCCACCAACACAUUCGCCAGGGACAGUAGCGCGGUAGAAAAUACAAAAACGCGCCCAAAUUCGCCAUCAACUGCCACAAAGUGCUCCAAAACGUUGCUUUUGUUGUUGUUAAUACUCGGUUGCCUCCUCUCAGCCGCCACCUGUGUACCUGCGCCUGGCACCGCACUAGCUGCUGAGCCAGCGCCAGCAUUGCAGGCCUCACCACCCACUCCGCCACUCAAUGCUGUGGUCGAUGCAAAGGCUUUCUUAGCGUCAAAGCGACACUUGAAGCGCUCACUUAUUGUGACGUCUCAAGAAAUUGCUGAUAAAAAUAACGCUGCAGCGGCCAACUCAGAUAUAGACGACGACUACUAUGACGAGGAGGAGCCUGAUGCCGGAAAUGGCAGCGAAAAUGUGAGUGGUCGUCAGCGGCGUCAUCACGAAUUAUCGCCAACCGCUCGCUUCGGUUAUGAUGGCAACAAAAUUAAACCACAACAAUUCUACACACAACAAAUGGUUGCGAACGCUUUGGAAGGCAGCACCAAGGCUGGAACGCAUCUUGCGCGCCCUAAUAAGGAGCCAUUGCCGAUGGCCGCACAAGUGAAUAACGACUUAUCGAUAUGGAGUUUGAUGGAUAAUGCGAGACGCAUGGAUAUCUGUGAUGUAUGUAGCUGCGUUCGUGACGUCUAUGUGCGUGUCACUUGUGAUUAUAAUAACCGAAAAUCGAGGACACCGUUGAAUGAGAUUUUCGGUCCGAUUUAUCGCAUACCAAACACGACGAGAUCAAUUGAAAUUAAAUUAGCACCAAAUACACAUUUCCGUUUGGAAAAGGAUCUAUUUGACAAUAAUAUAGUUUUGAACAGUUUCACGAUUGUCGGCACUCAUAGUAAUGGUGAACAAGUGGAGAUCACUACAGGCGCUUUUCCAGGUAAUGCCAGCAUUAUGGGGCCAUAUCCAGAUAUUGUGAUGCAAAAUGUCUUUUCGGUGGUGGUGCGAGAGGGCGCUUUUUCAGGCAGUAAAAAAUUCACUGUACGCAACAGCAACGAUUUAAUUUUGUAUUCAAAUGCUUUCAAGAAAGCCGAAAUUAAUGGCAAAUUUUUUGGGAUAGCUGAUUUGCGUAUCGAGGAGAAGGCGUUCAAUUCAGCCGAUGCCAAGUUAUACAUCGAGAAUUCUCAUAUCGACAAUAUCUAUCGUUUCGAAGCCUCAAUGCGUGAGAUCAAAUUCAACAAUUGCACCAUUAACACCAUCAAUAGUGGCUCCUUCGAUGUCAAUAGCAUCUUUAAUAUUAUAUUCGAAAAUAGCGCCAUUGGCGUAAUCAAAUCACGCUCGAUUACGGAAAAGCUGCUCAGCAAGCAUGUGUCCUUCACUGGCGGCGUUAUUGGCUACAUCGAGGGCGAAGCCAUACAUGGCAGUGGCAUCGGCGAGCUGAUUUUGCGAAACAACAGUAUUGACACCAUCAACGAGAAUGCCAUCUAUGUGAACACCAUCAAUGCCACCAUCAAAGACAAUCACAUCAAACAUCUCGGUCAGCAUUGGUUGCGUAUUAAGGAAUGGUCGAAUAUUGUGAUUGUGAAAAAUAGUUUUGGUGACUUCGGCGGCAUUAUAGUGGAGGAAACCAAAGAACCCCUCGAUUGCCGCUUCGAAAGUAACUCCGUAACCAAACCGAAGCCGGGCAGUUUGAAUAUAGGAAAUCGUCAUUGCAUAUUGCGUGAGAUCAUUGUCGAUCUGCCGUGUCGCUGCAAUCUCGAGUGGCUGGACACGUAUUCUGAACGCGAUUUACGUUCGGAAAUCUAUUGCACGAUCGAUCGGAAAUUGGGUGUAUGCUUCAACGCGACCACCUUCAAUAUGCAGCGGUACGAGCAUGAAGUGUGUGACGAAAAGAAGACAACUUUAGAUUGUGGCGCCAAUCGUAAUCUGAAGAAGGUGAAUGGUGAAUUCUUUACAAUCGAAGAGCUCGAGCAACAAGCUACACAAUUCGUGCAUAUCAUCUAUCUCGGCACUGCCCUUAUAUUGGCGAUCGUGCUACUCAUUAUACUAGUGCUGAUAUUGCGUUGCUUGUGUCAACAGCGUAAGAGCAGUCGUGGUGCUAGCGCGUCACAUCAGCAUCGACAUGAAUUCACGCAAGGCGAACGUGAUAUUAUCGUGCGCGCCCAAGAUAUAAUAGAGAAGCGACAUCCACAGAUACAGCCACAAAUCAAACGUUUGUGCGACGAACUUUUGCAAACAAAUCGCAGCGAGAAGCAAUGCAUUAAAACUAUCACGAAAAUCGAAAAUCUACUAAACGAAGUUGAACGUUGUCAGGAUCUCAAUGCAUUCUGCAGAGUUUUGGUGCAACAUCUGCAGCCCCAAUCGCAACCGCUGCAACUGACAACGAACGCCAUCUGCAGAACGGAGAGUUUUACGCGUGUGCAACGUGAGAAUUACCCUGGACCACACUAUGCUGGCUGCAUUGACACCGCGCACAUAAUAGCCAGCCGAGAGGCGGCAUGUUUGGAGCGCGAGCGUGAACGUGAACGCGAACGUGAAAGAGAACGUGAACGCAUCAAUGGCAUAGACAAUGUGCGCAACGUUGAACCGCUUAAUAUGCCCAAUGAACCGUUCUACGAGGAGUUGGGUCAACCGUUGCUGCCUGAUUAUGCAUCGCCAGCGGAUGGUCGCGUUUAUGCGACACCACAUGAUCUAGCGUUGGGCAUAAAUGCCGAACUGGAGUAUGCGGAGCCCAUCAAUAAUCGAGCCGACUACGCACACCGCUUGCCACCAUAUGCCGUGCCAAUGCCCAACAGACUGCCCACACAACCGUCCAUGAGAGCGCCCACAGCAGCGCCGCGCACCCAUCUGCCGCCCAGUAAUAUUAAUAUUAAUAAUAAUAAUAGCAACAACAACAAUAACAACUCACACCCGCUAUAUCAAGUUAGCAAACUACCUGCAUACGGCGCUGAUAAUCGACCAGCUUUGCCACCAUCGAAUGUCAAACGCAAGGCGCACGAUCUCGAAAAUAGACUCAACUUUCAACUGCCCAACGCCGCUGAUCAUCCGCCCAAUAAACAUUUAGUCGCACCGCCUGUUUACACCGCACCCGACAUUGCGCACAAGCGACCGAUGCCAACACCGGCCUCGACGUUCGCACGUCUGGCCACGCCCGAAGUGGAUGAGACGGAGAUGGACAUGCGUGGCGCUAGAGCUUUACCACCCGAUACGGGCUCGGAUCAUUCGGGUGGCAGUAAUGAGACUGUACUGAUCGAUGAUGUUAUAGUGUAUGCGGACGCCUGAGCGGCAUAUGUUAGAAAAUGACAUAAUGCGUUUCUCCUAAAACUAUGCUGUGUUGAAAGUGACAGCAAAAUAUAAGAAAUAUUUUCGUCCAAACUCACUUUAAGCUGCUGACCUAAUAGCAAACUUUCAAGCGUGAUAUUAUAUCCUGACAGUGGGUGUACUAAUUAUGAUGUCGUAUAAGUGCUUUGGAAGAAAUAUCCGUUUAGACUUUGCGUGGGCAUUAACACACGUAAUGUUAUUGAGAAGAUUGGGGUUAGAGUGUUAACGACAGCAAGUGUGUUGACCACCUCUUCAUUUAACUAUAUAUUAUUUGUAUAUAUGUAGUAAGAAAAUUAUCACAAAAUAUUUGUAAAAUAUAAAUUUAAGCAGACGAAAUUUAAUUUAAGGAAGAUGAAAUAUUGCUUGUGCGCCUAAAAGUAUACAACCUUAAUAUUUAAAUUUUUACAAGACGUCAUAUACAUACAUACAUCCACUAAAUCAUAGAAUUUCCUUUUUUAAUCACAUAUUCAUAACAUAUAUUAAAAAUUGUCAAAAAAAUAUAAUUUUAUAAAAUAUUCGUGAUCACUUCGUAUUUACUUUUAUAUAAAAUAACUGUUCAAACUCCAUAAAAGUUACCGGCUUUUUUGUUUAUUUUUCUAUGCACUAACAUUGAUACAUUUUUCUUCACAAACUAAAGCAGACUUUUCAAAAAAAAGGUACUUAAUCACUUUUUAGAUAUUGUAGUUUUACUAAAAAUCUUUGUCUAAAUGAAGAGGAAAACUGAUAUUGGAAUUAUAUAUGUCUAAGUUAUAUCAUAAAACUUUUAUAAAUCACAAAACUUAUGUAAUAAAAAAAUAGUAAUGGAAAAGAAACAUCACUUACAAUUUUUACAACACAAUUUCGGAGAACAAGUAGAACACUAUUCACUACUAACACUACUAUUCCGACACUUAAGUUAAUUGUCACGCAGUGAAUAUAAAAUCUUCACACAUUUCGACUGAAUUUCCAAAAUAUAGAUUUUCUGAACAAGUGGAGCACUCAUUGAUUUUGCUUAUUUACACUCAAUAAUUUAGAUUUUUCUGAACAAGUGGAACACUCAAUGAUUUUACUUAUUUACACUCAAAAUUUAAUAGUUUUCUGAACAAGUGGAACACUAGGUAUCAAUGAAUGUAUUACCUUUCUGAUAAACACAUAACUAUUUUUAAUAAAAAAAAAGAACGUUUCUAUAAAAUAGAUAUACAUAAUUUGAUAUAUGUGACCUGGUCUACGGAAAGGGGGCUUAGGUGUCAAAAAAUCAAUUUUCACUUUUUAGUUGAUUCGGAUGGAAGAUGAGAUUUUUAACAGCUGUUUCCCAGAAAACUAGUUUUCGCACGUUAGCUCCAUUUUCCCUUUUCGUAGAACAUGUCACAUACAUUUAUAUAUUAGCAUACAAAAAAGGACAUUCUAAAUGUUGGCAUUUUCAAACGCGCAUACACCUAUGGCUUGUGAUUAAUUAAUAAUAAUUUAUAUAACAUUGAAAAUAUUAAGUUAAAGUAAGACGAAAGCAUCAUAUAUGUGUAUGUAUGUAUAAAUUAUAUAUAAGUAUACCUAACAACCAAACUAUAUUUGCUUUAUAGACCGUAAGUAACAUAACAGUAAAGAUAUAAUUGUACACUACGAGCAAAAAAUUGCAAAAUUUAGCAAUUAAAAAUGUAAAUUUAAAUAUAUAUAUAUAUAUAUAUAUAUGUAUAUAUAUACAUAUAUAAUAAAACGACGAACAACGAGGCUUAUGCCAUUGUAUAUAUGUAUUUAGUUUGUAAUUAAUAUUGUAUUAAUAAUUGAAAAGUCGUUAAACUGAUGUAAAGAACUCUAUUAUAUAUUUGUAGGUAUGCAUAUUAACAAAUAUUUAUUGCGAUAAUGUUAAAAAUGAUUUA